UCCUCCUCCUCCUCCGACCUUUUCUUGUCCUCCAUUUCAGGAUUGUUGCUUAGCCUCAUCGUCGGACGCUACCUCCUCAUAUCUAUGAAAACUUAAAUGGCGCAUAAGAUAAUUAAUCAUCAAUAUUUAUGCAUUUAAAUAUUUUAUUCAAAUUUAUCUCUUCUUUUAUUAAUGGAUGCAUAAACAUACUACAAAUUUAGAACAGAAGAUAAUUAUACCCAGUUCUCGCUUUAGGGUUUAGGGCUUAGGCAAGAACAGAAGAACUCAAUCAAAUUGCACAACUGAAUUUUGAAAUUGACAGAAAACCAGAACUGCCGCCGCCCGCCGGUCCCCGCGCCUUUUCUCCGACUCCGCCUGUAUCUGAGCCUCAUCAUUACACCAGCCAGCAGCCAGCAGCGGCAGGUCCUGAACUCCGCCUCCGACCCUCGAGCUCGCUCCGCGUCGGAGCUUCCGUCUCCGUCGGUCCGGCAUUCGAAGAAGGCAGUAAUCUCGUCUCUCAGCUCCGGCCUCCACAAAGGGUCGAAGUGAAGGGGAAAUGGCAACCAAACUCAAGAAAAUUCUCAACCCCAACUGGACUCAGCUUCAGGAGAGGCUGAAAAUCAAUGGCUCCGAGAAUAAUUUUUCCAAGCACUCAAAUAAGUCAAACACAGAAACGUCGAAAAGCAUAUUAGGGAAGCGGAAGGAGAGGUCGAAUGAGGAGCCACAAGCUCCAAAACCAAAUCCGUUGAUUCCUAUUUCCUCUGACUGCAGUCUCACAGAUAUGGUUGCCAUGGAUUGUGAAAUGGUUGGUGUUAGCUCACUGGGAAACAAGAGUGCUCUUGGACGAGUAACGCUGGUAAACAAAUGGGGAAAUGUUGUGUAUGACGAGUAUGUACGCCCACUGGAAUAUGUUGUUGAUUUCCGUACUGAAAUAAGUGGGAUUCGGCCGCGUGACUUGAAAAAGGCUAAAGAUUUCAAUGUUGUUCAAAAGAAAGUAGCAGAGAUGGUCGAUGGCAAGAUCCUUGUAGGUCAUGCGCUGCACAAUGAUCUUAAAGCAUUGCUGUUGACACAUCCAAAGAAGGAUAUACGAGAUACAGCACAAUAUGCUCCAUUUCUGAAGGAAGGACGGAGUCGCUCAUUGAAGAACCUUGCAGCUGAAUUUCUCAGUGUUGAUAUUCAAAACGGCGAGCACUGUCCGGUCGAAGAUGCCCGAGCUGCUAUGAUGCUUUACCAGAGACACAGGAAACAAUGGGAGAAGAGCGCCAAGGAUUUCAAGAGACUCAAGGAAAAACAGAAGAAACGGAAGCCCAAAAAGAAGAAAUUUACAUGAGAAGGGUGAAAGCUCAAACUCAUUGAUAAAUCAGAAUGUUACAAUUUAUUAUCUCAUUGUACCAAAUAUUCUUGUUGGAUGAUGAAAAUGUCUCUGCCUUUGUUGUGCG